GUCAAUUCGGUAGAAAUGUUUCAGUACAAAAUUGUAUGCUAUCGUUAACGGUUAAUUUUAAAGAAAUUUUGUUUUUGGUGUGUUAUGGUUGGUGGUGCGGCAAACUAAUUUUCUUCAAUAGCAAUAAUAAACAAACCCGCAUUUUACAAACAAACGAAUACCGAAUACAUUAUUUAGCACUUGUUACAUUCUGUUGUGAUUAAAUACAGUGCAACAAAAAAUAAGCAAAUUUUAAAUAGUUGUGAUUGUGUGUGUACGUACGAGUAGAAAUUUACAAGUAUCAACAUGGCAAAAAAGUCUCGCGGAACAUCACGUACCUUCGAAAAAGAAGUAGUUGGGCAAUUUCUUAUGUAUUUGUUGGGAUGUCAAAAAGAGAAGCCGACAACCGAUUGGAGUAUACUUAAGAAGGAGACGUAUGCAGAAUUUCGUAAAUUCCUGGAUUUGCCUCGAAAUGAUAAUCUUCGUAAACGUAUGUCUCAUUUUAAUGAGAUCGGCACUUUCUUACAUCGCACCGGUUAUCUGAUCGAUACACCCAAGGGUAGUGAGUUCUUUUGCAUAAAUUAUCAAAAAAUGAUGCUGUUCAAGGAAAUUGACGAAAUGCAUAAGAAUUUUGAAAAGAAGCUUAUGGUAGACAGCAAGGAAAAGGAAAAGCUACAUCGAUUGCCCGCUAACUCAUUUUUCAAAGCAAUCCAGUGCUUGCCACACUAUUUACCGCCUCUCACACUAUUGGAGUUGAAGAAGCAAAAAUACGCUGACGAAAAGCUUUGUGAAACUUCGUCGCAAUUUGCUGACUACUUCAAUGGUGGCCGUAUUUUUACGCCUGAAAAUAUGAGAGGUGCCAUGCAACUGCUACUGCAAAUUGAAGAUAUCGAAGUGCUGCAGAAAUAUCGUCGCCUCAUACAAAGGGAUGUGAAAUUAAGUCAAAGUCACGGGCAUCCACGCAAGUAUAGUUUGAAGCUUGCACGCAAAUCCCGAAAAAUCGGUUGCUCAAACGAAGCCUUACUAAGUCGGUAUAAUCACGUAUUGGUAAUCCGCGAAUGUCCCAUUACAAAAUCAAUUCUUAAAGAUUUUUUUUUGCCAUUUUUAUUGAGUGGUUCGAUGGAGCUAAAUCUGCCUGGUAAAGCUAUUGGACCAACAGUUAUUGGCCAAAUUGACAGCAUUGUUGAGAGAACUGUGACUUUCAUAACCGAAAUUGAAUUGCCGGAUCCCAAUGUUUCCUAUCUCAUUAUAUUUUGCCCAGCUCGUCUAACACUGCGCUAUCAAUACGCUGCGCUUGAGUUGUAUGGCAAAAAGCAGGCUAUAAUGCAGCGUUUCCUGUUUCCCAAUCACAUGAAACCGUUGGUUCUUCUUGAGAUGAGAUUGCGUUUCUAUGACAAAAACAUUGCCGCCAAUCCCGAACAAAAGCAGGCAGUCCACAGUAUUGUGUCAGGCAGCAAAUUUGGUCUACUGUUCACGCCAUUUGUUAUAUUCGGUCCACCUGGUACGGGAAAGACCUCAGUGGUCGUCGAGUCUAUACUACAGCUGCUGCUGCACGAACCGAAUGCGAAAGUGCUUGUGACAGCCGGUCCGAACUGUGCUUGCGAUGAGGUCGCUUUACGCAUUUGUAAGAUGCUCUCGCUGAAUAAGGAGCCACGCACUGAAAUAUUGGCGCGUAUUUAUUCUUAUUCACAAGAACGACGCCGUGAAAAUAUUGAUAAAUUAGUAAUCGAAUAUUCGAAUAUGUACGAGUGGCAUUUCUUACCGGAUGUCAAAGAACUGCAGAAAUAUCGGGUGGUUGUGUGCACAUUGGGCGCAGUCGGCAAAUUCUCUACGGGUGAUUUUCAACCUUUCACGCAUGUUUUUCUCGACGAAGCUGCCGCUUGCUCUAUGUCCGAAUCCUUAGUUGGUAUUAUGAAUACAUUAAAUGAAAAAUCAAAAUUGAUAAUAUCCGGUGAUUAUAAACAAUUGGGAGCGAUAUUAAAUUCCAAACGUGCCGAAAAGUUAGGACUUCAUGUAACGUUUAUGGAAAGGCUACUGCAGCGGAAAUGUUAUGAAGUCGAUGAGGCAAGUGGUGACUACAAUCGGUGCAUACAGACGCAGUUACGUCGGAAUUUCCGUUCACAUCCAGCCAUCGUCAAGCUAUUCAGUCAACUGUACUACGACGAUGAGCUGCAGGCGAUGUCUACCGCUGAUGAUACUAACUUGGCUGCUAAAUGGAGCCGGUUGAAGGAUCCGAAUUUCCCCAUAUUAUUUCAUGCCGUACAUGGAAAGGAGGAAGUUGAUGAUGACACAGGCAGUGUUUCCAACACAAAAGAAAUCGAUGAGGUCUUAAAUUAUGUUCACAUUUUGCUGGAAGAAGGCUUGGGUGGUGAACGUAUGUUGGACGAAAGUGACAUUGGAAUAAUAUCACCAUAUCGCAGUCAAUAUUUGGCGAUUCAGGAGGAUUUGAAUGCGUUAAGAAAAUUUCGCAUCGAAACGGGUUCAGUGGAGACAUACAGAGGCAAAGAGAAGUCGGUAAUAAUCGUUUCAUUCGUACGAUCAGAUUCUCACGGCUUAGGUUUCCUAAGCAAUCCAAAGCGUUUGAAUGUUAUACUCUCGCGGGCCAAAUCUCUGUUGAUCCUCGUUGGAAAUGACGAAAAGUUAUCAGAGCAUAAAGAUUAUGAGUUUGUUAUAAAAGAGUGCCAACGACACGGAAAUUUCAUACCCGCUCCGCCUAAAAUUAAUAAGAUUAGUUCUACAAAAUAAGCAAAAAACAAAUAACAAAAACAAAACCACUACUACGUAUACAUAAAUACAUACUUGCACUUACACAUACAUAUGUAUAUGUACGUCAAGAGUUUUGUAGUGUUGCAGGCAAAACAUAUACGUCAUAAUAAAUAGUUUUUUAUUCUUUUUCAAACAUA